AUUCGGUUUCCAGCUUCAAUAUUUGUCGUUUUCUGAUGACUUCGGCAUGCUCACCUGAAUCUGCUCAUCAAAUUCCUUGGCAUUGAAAUCUCCAACAUCGGAUUCUGCAUGCUGCUUCACAACAAUCCGAUGUGGGUUUUUGUUUUUUCGUUGGAUUUUUGGGAUUUGGGGUGGAUUGCGAACUUGCAUUUCUGACAAGCUGCAUUUGACAGAGUUGCAAAAGAGAGACGGUCUGGCAACAAGAGAAAGUAGGAGGGCUGGAUUUUGUUGUGGGUGUGUGGAGGUUGUGAGAUUUUUGUGGAGACAUGGGGAGGAGGGUGAUGCAGCUGGCUGUGUUGGAAUGUGAGCGCUUGCAGGAUCAUUUGGCGCCGGCCGUGUACGCCAGCACCGGAGGCUACUUGCAAUUGUUGCAGAAAGCUUUCAACCAUGUCUUGGCCAAUGCGUCCACAAUUUUGCACCCACAAAUAACCGUGCCGCCCUCUCUUUCGUUCACAGGGUUCGACGUCAAGGCCGAAGAAUACCCCAAAGAUCUAGCGGAUUUUGACGGUGUGUUGAUCACUGGUUCGCUCAGCGGAGUCUAUGAUGGCGGUGCUUGGAUUCAGCGCUUGUUAAAUGAAAUUCGUGAAUUGGACAAGAAGAAAGUGAAGACGGUAGGGAUAAGCUUUGGUCACCAAGCUAUUGCGCAAGCUCUGGGCGGUCACGGUUCGGAGGUGUCUGUGAGAAAAGCACGAGUAACGGAAGAUGGAGAGCAGGUCUUCUUUCCCAGAUUGAAAGAGUUCCUGCUCCAUUACCACCACAACGACGCCAUUUUGCAACUACCACCCGGCUUCCUCAAUUUGGCCACCAAUAACGUCACAGAGUUUCAAUCCAUUUACAAAAAGCAACAAUAUCUAACAUUCUGUGGACACCCUGACUACUCCCACAACAUUUAUGUGUUGGAAAAGCUGCUGGAGUAUGAUCGGGAGAAGCUCUGGGUGCCGGAGCAGCUUGUGGAACACGGACUUGCCACACUGAAACAGCCAACGGAUUACGAGUGGGUCGUCAAGCAGAUGUUGCUCUUCUACAUGGGAGCUUUAGACAAAUUCCCUUCAACUUCUCUCUGAUCUCCACUUUGUUAACAUAUCAAUCGUCGAAGAUGUUCGUGUGUAUCGAUCAGCAUGCACGUUCUGCAGGUAUGAUAUAUAUAUAUAUAUAUAUAUAUAUAUAUAUAUAUUAUGGUAUAGUUUUAGCUAUACCAUUAUGGAUUUUGUAGCAUAUAGAUGUGAAUGAUCGUUCAUGUACAAUUUUGUGAUUUGUGAGAUCAUUCAUUCCAACCUUCUGUCUAAAAGCAAUAUUUUGUCGAAUGAAAUCUGAGGAGUAUCGUCAUGAAUUACAAAACAGUUCGAUGAUGAUACCUCAAUUUCAUGCGACUUGCAACGUAGAGGAUCAGAUGAGAUGCUUGGAAUGGGACAAGAUUUCAUCAGUCUCAGUCAUGUAAUUCACUACACAAGAAUGAAUGUAAUAUGCAACUUUGUUUCUCUUUAA